AAUAUAAUGUCCUUUUAAUUAUACAUAACGCAAUUGCUUACAAACGCAAAAUUUAUGAAUUCAGAAGGCUAAUUUUGAUAAAUAAACUUAUUAAAAUUUUCGAUUGUAAAAAGCUAAAACAAUAUUCACGUAACUGUCACCAAAGUUUUCUUAUGUAUUGACGAUAUUCAAUAUGUUUUAGAUCUUAAAAAAAUAAAUAAAAAAUAACAAUAAAUUGUAACCUAAAAUAUUUACUGACUCUCAAAAUUGCUUGAUAAUAUUUAAUUCUGGGCACUCAAAAUUGGGUGAUAGACAAAUAGGAACUUAUCACAUUCCUGUUAAAAGUGGACCUUCUGUUACCUUAGUGGAGUGUGCACGUUUGAAUUACGUGUUUGUGUGACAAAGUAUGUGUGUGUGAAAAAAUUACAGAGGCACGUUAAUGAGGCGUUUGAGGCGUUUUUCCUUUUUCGUGCCCAAGAAGGUGGAGAACCCCGUGUUCUAGACAGGAGUUUGUUUACAUUGCUGAUGUCUGCGACAGAAGUGAUCGGUGACGUGGCCGACAACAUGUACUCAGACCACUACCAGUGGCAACGCAAUAUGAUGGGCCAUACUUUUAGUAUUGCACCAACAGAUUGUCCGGAUACAGCCGGCGGCAGCUGCAUCUUGCAUGUUGUGAGGAACUGGCUGCGGUGCCAUGAAGACGCCCAGAUAAUGAUAGCAAGUAUAUUGGUGGUGGUAGGACUCUGGUGGAUGGUCAGAGCUAUCCUCUCUCUCUUCAUCAACCUGAUCUGUCCGUUACUGGUCGUCGUUCUAGCCGUGGUAUGCGUGCCCCAACUUAGGGCGCCGCUCUUCGGUCAAAACUACCCCCUACUUGCAAGCCUGAUAAGAACCAUACUCCUGAAAAUGGCUGACAAUAUAAAAACGUGAAACCAUCCAACUUGUACGAGUGAAAAGUUUAAAGUAGACAUUUUAACUAAUUGUUUAAUUUUUUUUGCAUAUAUGUUCUCAUUUUGCUGGUAAUUAGACUUAUAAUCAUGA